AUCCUUUUCCUGUGCUGAGGGAGAAGGCAGUUGAUAAAAGCCGAGUUCCUGUUCACAGAUAAGUUUAGAAGGCAGCCAAGCUCAGAAGUUCCUUGAAUAAGCUAUAUUCCUACCACCUCUCUUUUCCCCCCUGUCAGAGACGUUUGAGCCCCACACAGGAACUAGACUCACAUUGUUCAAUAGCCACGGACGUUUCCACAGUAGCUGGGAGGGUCGAGAGCUUUUUCCGCUCUUUGUUACACUUUUUUUUUUUUUUCCCUUCCUUCUUCCAACUUUCCAGUUAAAGAAUAUUGCCGGGACAUUCCUGAAUUAAUCCAGGCUGCGCUUCAGAGAAGAGAACAACAGACAGGUGUAACCGAGUGGGAAAAAACCCACAAUGCUAGUGAAGCUUCUGCUCAUCUGUAAUACAAUAGGGUUGGCAACACUGGUCAAACACUCAGACCAUCAUGGAUAUCAUGAUGGUUCAGUGCACAAGCCACGAAUUUAUGAGACCUCUGCAUACCACCAGAGGACUCCUCCGUCACAGGAGGAAGAAAGUUAUUGGGAAGCAGAAGGGCUCAGGGAGGAUACUCAGGAUUACCCUUCAAGUAUGAUCUCCUCACAUCAGGAAGAGAGAGAAGAUUUUGAAGCUGCAGGCCCACAGUCCCGAAAUGGGAACUGGUGUUCCUUCACGCAGUCCCGCCUGGUAACAUACAUAGAAGCCUGCAUGAAGGAGAAGUACAUAGUCCACUCCCAACAGCCCUGUCUAAAUGGAGCACCAGACUGCCAGAAGAUCAUGUACAGGACCGCUCUGAAGCCAGUCUAUCAAGUGAAACAGAAGGUUUUGAAGUCUUUGCAGUGGAAAUGCUGCCCUGGAUUUAUUGGCAAAGACUGUGAACAGCAUGAUCCUAAUUUUAUUCUGGUGCCAGAAAAUCAAAAUGAAGGCCAAGAAGAAGAGGAGUUCUCAAACCACAUGUCAACACCUGUGGAUUCAAGAGAAAUGUUGGAAGUCAUUCAAAAUCAUGAGGCAUUACUGGAUGAUCUUCAAAGUGAUAUUCAUCAAGCAGUCAGCAACUUAGGUGACUUACAGAGAAUAUUUGAGAACAACGGUACAAGCAUGGUGUUAGAAGUGAACCAGAGCAAUUCAGAUCUACAGGAAAGGCUUCUGCAGCAAGUUUUGUUUCCUCACGUGGAAAAUUUUCUAAGGAAACAUUUUAACCCAAUGUGGGCAAGCUUCAACAGAAGCUUACAGAACCUCUCGAAUAUGGUAAGAAACCUGUCCCAUGACGUGGAAGCCAACAAGAGAAGCAUAGAAAGAUUCCAAGAGAACACUGUGCCCAAGAAGGAAUUCCAGGAGCUGGGAACUAAGUUUGAAUCAAAAGUCCAAGAAAACAUAGUGAAAGUUGAUCAGGUGAAAAGAGAAAUAGAGAACCAAUUGCAAAUGCAGCAGGCGAGUAUUCACCAUAAUCUCACCAUGAUCAAGGCAGAUACUGACACAAAGCUCAAGAAGUUUCACAAGAUACAGCAGUUCCAUUUCUUAGCUGUGAACAACAGCAUUGCAAACAUUAAACAAGAGCAAAACAAUCUUGAAAAUAAAUUUGAGACUUUGAAAAAUAAUUUAACAGAACUCUCCUCACAUCAUGGUCCCAAAGAUGAAAAUACCCAGUUAACCAUCAGACAAAUAAAUGACAUUCUGGCAGGGCAUGCAAAGCAGCUUAAAGAACUUUACAUGGAGUCAGAUGUGGCCUUUCAGAAUAUUGCAGUUUUAGAGAGGUGGUUUAAGGAGUUAAAAAAAAAUAUCACAAAGUAUAGGCCAGAAGAUCUUACAAUAACUUUAAUGGAGAAAUCUCUUAUUAUGGAAGAAAACAAAGCAGCAACGGAAAGGCAGAUAUCAGAGCUCAACGAUACUCUCUCAAAUCUUCGGGAAAACUAUUCAGAUCUGUUGAGGUACAUGGAGGAAUGUAAUUGCCAGAGGAUAUCUUCUGACACCGAUGUACUGGAGGAAGAUUUAAAGAAUACCACGUACUCCCUUGAAGGCACCCAAAGAAGCUUAAAGGAGAUGAAGCACUUAGAGUCAGUUUUCAGAGAUCUCUUGAGGAAUGAAAUUGAAGAGCUCUCCUCAGCUUUUCCAUCUAUCCACCAGUCCCUUAAUCUCCGUCAAGAAGAAAACAGACAGCUUCAGUCGCAAGUUACGGCUUUUUCAGAAGACAUAGGUUUCUUGAAAAAGAAAGAUGAAGAAAUUCAUCGACACAUCAAGUAUCUCAACAGUUCUUUUGGCUCUCUUUUGGAAGACGCCAUGCGUCAUGAAGCAGCACUGGAAGCUUUACUAGGAGAAGAAUUUAUGGAAAUCUUGUUUGAAGAUGAUCCAAAUAUCCUAAUAUUAUCAUUAUCUCAGGUGCAAGAAUCUCUCAGACAUAUCUCAGAUAAACUCCAAGAACAAAACGUGACUUUAGAAUCCCUUAUGAAGAGAUUUCAUCUCUUGGAGAGACACCAACAGAAUAGUCACCAUGCUCGUACAUCUCCUAAGCAUCACAAAGAAGAAACACAAACAUCCUCUACUCUAGAUGAAGUUAGCAGUCAACGCACCAUUGUAGAACAUAUGGAACCUAACUACGAGGCUGCAAAAGAUGACUCCUUGGAUAGCUCAACUUAUAAUGAUAUCAUGACUCUGAAGAAUGAUAUCAAACACCUAAGCCUGGCAAUCAAGAUGCAUGAAUCCAGAAGCAACAUGAAUCUCUGCUGCAAUCAUACAAUAGCAAAUGUAAUUGAGCCACUCAACAUUUCUGUGGAAAUUCUCUCAGCAGAUUUAGCAACCCUCAAGUGGAAGCUGGAGGAACAUCUGCUGAUUUUUAAAAAGCUAUUUGGAAGCAAUGAAGAACUAGUUGCCUCAAAUAUAAGUCUGGAUAUUACAAAGAUUCAGUCAAUGAUGACCAGAAAAGUGAGGGGGCAACAGAAAGGUCAAGGCAAGCAAAGAGACAAGAAAAAGCCUGAGAAGCACAGAGAAAAUAUGCAAAUGAUAAAUGGAAGAAAUGCAGUGCAGACAGAACUUUUGGAAAAAGACUCAUUGGUGGCAUUCCAUGUGGGAUUCUCAGAAGGAAAGGAUAAAGAAAAAACUCUGAGGUUUAAUGAAACUUACCUCAAUUAUGGAAACAGCUAUUUCCCUGAACAUGGGUACUUUAAAGCACCACAUAAAGGUGUCUACCUGUUUGUCAUCUCUGUGGAGUUUAGUUCAGGACCAGCAUUAGGACAACUCUCCUUUAGCCGUGGGUACAAAAGAACCCUCUCCAGCAAUCAGAGGAAAACACCAAAUGGAAACACCAUGACUACUUUUGCUAUGGCAGAAAUGGAGAAGGGGGAGAAAGUGUCCUUUGAAUUGCUGCAGGGCUCUAUAGUGAAACGGAGUCCACCUGGGACAACAAUGGCUGGAUUCCUGAUAUUCAAAACUUGAAUAGUGACAUUUUGUUUUGUUGGUAUCUUUCCAUAGAUGCAAUGGAUCAAUUUACUAUUGCUUCAUCUGUGAUGUAUUCAAUCCUACUGCAUGUGUUUAAACAUAGCACUACCCCA